UAUCGAUAUUUAGCAUUUUUAUUCGAUUUUCAUAUAGUAUAUAUUUCAGUAUUCUGUCGGAAGUAAUUCUAAAAGAAUAUUAUGACAUUGACAGAACUAGUAUCGAGCUUAUCGACAAAUCCAUAUUUUGGUGCAGGCUUCGGUUUAUUUGGAAUUGGAGCUAGUGCUGCUAUAUUAAGGAAAGGGCUCCAAGGAGCCCUGAUUUUAUUUCGUCGACAUUUAAUGAUAACCCUAGAAGUGCCCUGUAGAGAUAAAUCAUAUCAGUGGCUAUUAAAAUGGAUAACAGUGCGGGGAGCUAAGAAAACGCAACACUUAAGUGUGGAAACAUCGUUUUUUCAAAAUGAUAAUGGACAGGUUAAGACAAGCUACGAUUUCAUACCAAGUAUUGGAAAACACCUAUUUCAGUAUAAAAGCAACUGGAUACAAGUAGAACGAACCCGAGAACAGCAAACUUUAGACCUUCAUAUGGGCGUUCCUUGGGAAUCGGUGACAUUAACUGCAUUUGGAAAUAACAAACAAAUUUAUUGUGAUAUUCUUGAAGAGGCCCGACAAUUAGCAUUGCAAGAAACGGAAGGAAAAACUUUAAUGUAUACUGCAAUGGGAUCAGAGUGGCGUAUCUUUGGACAUCCUCGGAGACGACGACCAACAUCUUCAGUUUUAUUAGAUCGUGGAAUAUCCGAAAGAAUUAUUUCUGACUGUAAUGAUUUCAUCGGAAAUUCAUUGUGGUAUACACAUAGGGGAAUUCCUUAUAGACGUGGUUAUUUAUUAUAUGGACCUCCAGGGUGCGGAAAGUCGAGUUUUAUAACCGCUCUUGCUGGAGAACUGGAAUAUGGAAUAUGCUUAUUAAAUUUGUCAGAGAGAGGUCUUACUGACGACCGGCUAAACCACCUCUUAAAUGUGGCACCAGAACAAUCCAUUAUUUUACUUGAAGAUAUCGAUGCUGCUUUUGUUUCCCGCGAAUCGACACUCCAGCAAAAAUCAGCAUAUGAUGGAUUGAAUAGAAUAACCUUUAGCGGUCUGUUAAACUGCUUAGAUGGUGUAGCUUCAACUGAAGCUCGAAUUGUUUUCAUGACAACUAACUAUAUAGAUCGCUUAGACCCAGCUCUUAUAAGACCUGGGCGAAUUGAUGUAAAAGAAUAUAUUGGGUAUUGUACACAAUACCAGUUAGAAGAAAUGUUCAAAAAAUUUUUUGGCGAAAAUAAAAACACACAAGCUCGGGAGUUUUCUAACAAAAUUUGCACUUCUGGUCAAUCCGUUAGUCCAGCUCAAAUACAAGGCUAUUUUAUGAAACACAAAUCGUCUUCAUCUGAAUUGGUUAUAAGCAAUUGUAAUAGUAUUUGGGAGACAAAUUAA